GGGUCGCGGCUGGCGGUGGGGAUGGCGAGGGUCGCUGUUCUUUGGUGUUUGCCGCAGCGCGUUUGUCCCGGGAGGCCGGGCCGGGUGUGCUCGGCACCCUCCUGCCUUGCCCUGAGAUUCCAGCAGGUCGGAGCCCCCCGGGAUGUCCCUCUUUGGGCCCUUCUCUUCCGCAGGGGCGGCUCCUCCACCUCGUUUUGCCCUAAAACGGAGCGAGCCCGUGCAGCUCCGGCCGCUGCCCCGCUCUGCCCGUUCAGCGCUUCCUGCCUUGCCUUUGGCAGCUGAGGGAAAGUUGAGGUCCGGUUUUCUACCCUGGGUGUAUCCGGCUCAGCCCGGCUUUAGGAGAAACCCCCGGGAGGGGUUUUGGCAGCGGGGAGAGCUGCGUGCCUUGGCACAGACCGGGACAUCGGUGCGCAGGGAGCGGGACGGCUCCCGAAGGCACGGGGGACACGGGGAGCGCUCGGCUGGGAAGGGCAGCCAGCGGGGACGUGCGGCCAGCCGGGACAGACCUUUAGCACGGUGGGAUGUUUGCCAGCACCUGUGGGAGUCACACAUAGGUGACUGGAUGCCCCACGUAGCCCAGGAGGAGCCACCUGGAAGGGUGGAUUUGGGAUAGGGAGGCAGAGGAAGGGUCUGGGCUCGCUGGGGGAUGCUGAAGAGGCAGAGUGUCCCUCGGGGCUCCGAAUUCAGCGGGGUGUUCCCAGCACCAGCACCGCUCUGGGUGGGCUCCCUCCCUCGUUUUGGGAGGAGAGGGGUUAAGUCAAAGCAUCCGAGCUAAGCCCUGGCAGGAGGAGGCUAAAACCUCCCUGAGAACAAAGCUUACAAAGUGGUGGUAAGCUGGUAAAACCUGUGGGAAUGUGGGAGCCUUCAGGAGGAGCGGGGUCCUGGAUGGGGAGCGGGGUCCUGCAGUUCCCCGGCAGCCCCUCGGCGUGGAAAUCCUGGCCCCAGGUUAUUUUUGGAACAAUUGCUUGGCCAGGCUUCAAAAAUGUCCUGGUUUUUGGAAGAGACUGGAGCCUGUGAGCCGUCAGCACAGGCCAGGCACUGCGGGGUGUCCAGGGCUGGGUCGGGAGCAUCAGGGAAGGGAAGCCAGGGGGAUCAGGAGGUGUGCCUGGAGCCCACACGGGGAUCAGGAUGGCUGCUGCACUACUGGGAGGCAGCAGACUUUUAUUUUCUCCUUGCGAAUCCCAAAUUUGCCAUCUGCCUCUCAGGGAAGCUUUUCCAGGCAGGCAGCCUGAGCUCCAGGCUCUUGGGUGCCUCCCAAGGUGGACGUGCAGGUCGUGCCUGUCGUUGCCCUCCCCUCCCUGAGCCCCUUCCUUUGCACCCCGGGGCUGUGCCACCCCUCUUUUAUCAAUUCCCAGCACAUAUGAAAGAGGCACAGAGGGCAAUGAUUGAUUCUGGGCAAACACUAUAAAGGCACCUGCAGUUAGAGCAGGGAAGCACUCGGUUCAUGGUAAUUAUCCUGGUUAAAUUAUAACCUAAUGAACAGGCCACCUCUGUCCCUGGGGCUCCCGUGCUCCUCCGGGUGCUGGCAUUGAGGUCCCAGAGAUGUUUGUGUCCCAGCCCCUGUGACGCCGAGGGGACCCACGUGUGGCCAAGGGCUGGAGCGUGACUCCUCACCUCCCGGAGAGCUGCAUUUGGGGCUGGCACAGCUGGAUUUUGGCACAGCCCUCCUUGCAGCCCUGCCUGCUUCCCGACCAUCCUGCUCUUCCCAGGAUCCCCGAGGUGCUGUGGAGCUGGAGAGCCCCCGGAAGCCAGGUCCUGGCAGCCCCUCAUGCAUCCCAGACACACCAUGAUCCCCAGCGUGGGCCCCCGGAGCUGCUGCCUGCUCCUGCUGCUCUGCCUCCUCCCCUGCCCACAGGUCUGGGCGGGCAGGGACAGCACCAGAGUCUCCGCAGCCUCCUUCCUGCAGGAUCUGCUCCAGCGGUACGGGGAGAGCCAGACUUUGAGCCUGAAGCAGCUCAAGGCCCUGCUGAACCGCCUGGAUGUGGGAGUGGGACACGCCAAUGUCUCCCAAACGCCUCAGCAGCGCCUGAACCUCUCCCGGUGCUUCAGCUCCGUGGAGCUUUUCGCCAUCCACAACCUGAGCGAGGGCUCCCCUGUGGGGCACAGUGAGUUCAAGGAGUUCUGCCCCGCCAUCCUGCAGCAGCUGGAGUCAGGGGCGUGUGCCUCCGAAAACCUGGAAAAUGAGGAGAAUGAGCAGACAGAGGAGAGCAAGCCCAGCUCAGCUGAAGUGUGGGGCUUUGGUUUUCUCAGUGUGUCCAUGAUUAACGUGGCCUCCCUGCUCGGAGUCCUCAUCGUUCCGUGUUCCCAGAAGGCCUUUUUCAGCCGGGUGCUCCUGUUUUUCAUCGCGCUCUCCAUCGGCACGCUGCUCUCUAACGCGCUCUUCCAGCUCAUCCCAGAGGCGUUUGGAUUCAACCCUCAGGAAGAUUAUUAUGUUUCUAAAUCCGCUGUGGUGUUCGGGGGCUUCUACCUCUUCUUCUUCACAGAGAAGAUCCUGAAGAUGCUUCUGAAGCAGAAGGACCAGCACCACCAUGGGCACAGCCACUACGGCCCCGAGGCUCUGCCCUCCAAGAAGGACCGUGAGGAGGGGGUCACGGAGAAGCUGCAGAACGGGGACCUGGACCACAUGAUCCCACACAUCACCAAUGACCUGGAAUGCAAGCCCCCCUCUGGGGAUGAGAAGGCUGUGGUGGGCUCCCUCUCUGUCCAGGACCUGCAGGCCUCCCAGAGCGCGUGCUACUGGCUGAAGGAGGUGAGGUACUCGGACAUUGGGACGCUGGCCUGGAUGAUCACCCUCAGUGACGGCCUCCACAACUUCAUCGACGGCCUGGCCAUCGGCGCGUCCUUCACCGUGUCUGUCUUCCAAGGGAUCAGCACCUCCGUGGCCAUACUCUGCGAGGAGUUCCCACACGAGCUGGGGGACUUUGUGAUCCUGCUGAAUGCUGGGAUGACCAUUCGCCAGGCGCUCUUCUUCAACUUCAUCUCUGCCUGCUGCUGCUACGUGGGCCUGGCCUUUGGCAUCGUGGCUGGCAGCCACUUCUCUGCCAACUGGAUCUUUGCUCUGGCUGGAGGGAUGUUCCUGUACAUAGCACUGGCUGACAUGUUCCCUGAGAUGAACGAGGUCAGCCGGGAGGACGAGCAGAAUGGCAGCGCCCUGAUCACCUUCGCCAUCCAGAAUGCAGGGCUGCUGACAGGCUUCACCAUCAUGGUGCUGCUCACCAUGUACUCAGGGCAGAUCCAGAUAGGGUAGGACCAGUCUGAGCCGCAGCCCUGAUCCAAUUUUUCCAUGUUUUUUUUGGGGGGGAAAGGGUUUUUUCUUUCUUUUUUUAUUUUUUUUCCUUUUCCUGCUGCAAACAUACGACGGUACCUGUGCGGGCACUGACGUCACACUACAGGAGAGACAUUGCUUUGAAAGCUAUUCCAUGGAUAUUUUUUUUUCUGGUUUAAGGCUGAGGGGAGUGGAAUUCCCCUUCCCAUAGGAUUGACCUGACUUUUUCCAGUGUCAUAUCCCUUCUCUCCUCACCUCUCCCAGGAAGGAUGGAAUGGGGAGACAGGAGCUGCUCCAGCCGUGCUGCUCCUCUCAUUGUGCUUGGAGCGUUCCCAUGGGACAUGAUGCUGUCCUGACCCCUCUGGGGGUGUGUGAUGGGGACAUAUGGGGACAGGCCCUUCUCAGAGCAUUCCCCACCAGCCAGCCCUCAGAGCUGUGCUCUCCAAGGAUGAGGAGGUUCACGAUGUCACCAUCAUCCGACUGCUUUCGCUCCGUUUCAGCCCGGACACUGCCCUGGCACGAGUGGGGUGAAGAGGGCAGGGGUUUUAAAGCACAUUUUGGAGUCAGUGCUCAGAGCAGAGGAUGCCAAACUGGGUUGGAGUGACACCUGGGCUGCUGGGAGAUCCUGCCAGGAUGCCCUGAGCCCAGUUCAGUCCAUGCUACUGGAAUCAGGGGUAAAUCCCCCUCCUCCUCCUCCAUGAUGAGAAGGGGAUGAGAGCAGAGCCAGGCUCCAGCCCAGGGAUUUUUCCUCGGGUUGUGUCCAAGCUCAUGGUGACACCCGGGAACAGCCAGCUGGUUUUUAAACAGUACUGAGGUUUAGGGUGGAGUGGGGGGUGUUUUUAAAAGCAAAACUGACUGAACCUCUUUAUGCUGCGUGUUCCCAGCCUUAGGGAGUAGCCAGAGAAGGGUGUUCCAGGCACUUCCAUCUCUGCCUCUGGGCUGGCGUUCCCCAGAUUCACUAGGUGAAUUUCUUAUUAUCAUAUUGAUAAGGUUGCCCACCCCACCCGUGUUGCUUGAGGUUCCCUCACCCCUCUUUUGCCCCCAGACCCUUCAUCCUGUACCUGGUGUGAGCUUGUGGCUGUGUGGAUUCAGGGCAAUCCCUCGUGGUUUGGUGCUGGAAUGGGAUGGAGGAGAGGUGCAGCUGCUUUGGAAGUAUUUGUGAAGUGUCUUCCUUCACUCCCCGCCUGUGCAGGUGUGUGGAGUGGGACAGGGUGGUGGCCCAUGGUGGCACUGUGCUGGAGCUGAGGCUCCCACACCUUCCCUUCCCGCCCUGAGGAAAGCAAACCUGAGGCUGUGCCAGGUAUUUUUCCUGCCCGUUGCAGGACAGAGGGACCUCAGCCCCUGGCACAGGCUCAGCACCCCUGGCAGUGUUGUUCCCUGGCUGGAUCCCUGUAAUCCCUGAAUUCCUGUAGUUCCCAGCUGGGUGAUGUUCUUCCUAAACUCCCAACAGCUGUCACCGAGCCCAUGGCCUCUGGCAUUGCCAGGAUCCUCACGGAUCAUCACCUGCACUCUCGGUGGCUUUUCUAGUCUGGGCAUUUGUCCCCACAGCACCCCCCGGCUCUUGGCUUUGUCCUGCACCCCAAAACCUAAAUCUCAACUUCUGGAGGAGCAGGGAGCGUUUUUGGGAUCACCCUUCACCCAAAGGUGUCCUUGGGUGAUUUCCUCAAGGAGAGACAGGCUCCACUUUGUCCUGUGUGGUGGCUCUUGUGGAUUGUCACCCUAAGUCACUUUUCCCUCUGGGACAGAGCAGUGUGGCCCGUGCUGGCUCGGGCAAUCAUUCAGCACCUCGCAGGCAUUCCCUGUGCUGCUGAUUCCAGGACGAAAGUGGCAUUGGAAACACUUUCCUUGCUUGAAAGAGCCGCGGCCCCAGCUGACCAACUCGAUGUGGAAAAUCUGAGUCCUUUCACUGGCACAGGUGCCCUCUCCUCUCUCUCAAGGAAGCACUUGGGAAACACCAGGGCUAGCAGGGCACCGAAGCUGCAUUCCCACUGGAAAAGCCUACAGGGGGAUAUCGGGGGGAUUGUCCCCUCUGGACUGUGCCUGAGAGGUCCCCAAAGGCUGGGAAGUGGCAGAGCAGGGCUUGGCUCCCUCAGAGCCGGCAGGAUUCACUGUGGGAAUCACGAGUCCGCCGUCUUCUCGUUUCCAGUUUAUCCCUGUUCCCUGAGAAAUCUGCAAGGCGGAGAUUUGGGAUGUGAGGGGGGUGAGAAACGAGGCUGCCCUGCCACCAAGGAGAGCUCCUGUUCCCGGCUGGGCAGGCUGGCACCUGCCGGUGGGAUAGAGAUGGGAACACACCCAAAUCGAGCUCCUCGUGGAUUUUCAUCCGUGCCUCCCUCCUCUCAUCCGGUUGGAAGCUCAAGUUCCAUCUCAGUAUUUCAAUUAUAACUCAGGUGUUGCAGGAGAGAACGCGCCGAAACAAAGAGCGUUAACUUAAAUGUCACGUGAAUUGUACAGAUAUUUGUAAAAUUCCAUAAAUAAAAUAUAUUCUGUAAUGACG